AUAUACAAGUUAAAAAUUUAAGGUUAGCUGUCAUGUCAUAAGUCGUAAUCUUUUUAAAAACAAAUAAAUAGAUAUCAAAAAGAUUGUUAAUUUGCGAGCGUUUGCGAGUAUGUUUAAAUAAAUAUCGGCUUGAUAUGGCACCUUUUAAAAUAAGAGCAGUGUGAAUCUAUUAACAUUAGCGGUUGUCAGUAUGCGGUUCACGAGUAGGUGGCAAAUUUAAAUUCGCUUAUAUUUCUGCAAACUUUCUCUGCAAAGUUAUGAAUUUCAAGCCAUGGAAAGAUUUAUUCCCUUCUAGAUUUAGUCAAAUUAUAUUCGUAGUUUAUAUUCUUCUGUUUGUUAAUCAGGGAAUUUUGGUGACUGCCUCACAAGGAUCUGACAAUAAAUAUGAUUAUAACAUAAUAACGGUGGUAUUGUUGACUGAAGUUUUGAAGCUGGUUAUUUCUUCAUUACUUUAUUGUCGAGAAAACAAGCCUACUGAAUUAGUGAGGGAAGUUAUUGAAAGAAAAAGUGUUUUGCUACUCUAUUUUGUACCUGCCUCUCUAUAUUGCCUGUAUAAUAACUUAGCUUUUGUAAAUUUAUCAUCUUUUGACCCAACCACGUAUUAUUUAUUGUUGCAAUUACGAGUGGUUGUUACAGGAAUUUUAUUUCAGAUUAUAUUUGGGAAAGUUUUAAGCAAAAAACAAUGGAUUUCAUUGCUAAUUUUAACAGCAGGCUGUAUGUUGAAACAAGUGAAUUUCAACCAAGAAACCGAGGACUCGCAGAAAAACGAUACAAAAUCCCAUUCUCUAGUCCUGAGCAUAAACACGCUCUUUAUUUUAAUUCAAAUAUUUUGUUCUUGUUUUGCUGGAGUCUAUAACGAAUACCUCUUGAAACAUCAAGGGAACGAUGUAAAUAUUUUCACUCAAAAUGUCUUUAUGUACUUAGAUUCUAUUAUUUGUAAUGUUGCGUUACUUUUUAUCGAUGGGUCUAUAACCACUGUGUUUUUAUACGAGAAUAUCUCUAAAGUUUUUAGUUUCAAAGUUUUAAUAGUCAUGUUGAAUAACGCUGCAGUCGGAAUUGUAACGAGCUUUUUCUUGAAAACGUUGAAUUCGAUUUUAAAAACUUUCGCCAGUGCCAUAGAGCUAGUUUUGACGGCCGUACUCUCUUUUCUAUUUUUUGGAAUUCCGGUUUAUUUGAACACAAUUCUGGCAGUCGGAACGGUGAUGUACGCCACAUAUUUGUACUCUCAGAACCCUGUUUCGAGUCCACCUAAAAAGCCUGCCAGUCAGGAAUUGGAGAGUGAUAAUGAGGAACUGUUGCAAAUGGAGGAAGUAUGACGAAGUGCUAAAUGGAAUAAACUGAAUGUGAUAUCUUUCUAGCCAGUAUUUUUGUUCUUGUGCACAAUAAAAAUGUAUCAAGUA